AUGAUUAGAUCUCGUAUUUCUCCGAGUCCCCAGUUGUUUUGAACGCGGCAUCAGUUAGAGAUGGCGUCGCUUCUGCAGCCUGACAGGGUUCUCUACCUAGUUCACGGAGAGAAAAAGAUCCGAUCUCCGUUGUCUACACUUUAUUUUUGCCGGUAUUGCAGUGAUUUGCGUUCCCUAGAAUGUGUGUCUCACGAGGUGGACUCUCAUUACUGUCCAAGCUGCCUGGAGAAUAUGCCUUCAGCAGAGGCAAAGCUGAAGAAGAACAGGUGUGCCAACUGCUUCGACUGCCCAUGCUGCAUGCACACCCUGUCCACACGGGCAACCAACAUCCCAGCCCCUCUUCCUGACGACCCCAGCAAGACGUCCAUGAAGAAGGCCUACUACCUGGCCUGUGGCUUCUGUCGCUGGACAUCCAGAGAUGUGGGCAUGGCUGACAAGUCUGUGGCCAGUGGAGGAUGGCAGGAGCCUGAGAACCCUCAUACUCAACGGAUCAAUAAACUGAUAGAGUAUUACCAGCAGCUGGCCCAGAGAGAGAAACUGGACAGGGACAGGAAGAAGCUGGCCAGGAGACGACCAUACAUGCCGCUGGCCUUCUCGCAACACACUAUUCAUGUGGUGGAGAAGUAUGGUCUGGGUACCAGACUACAGCGACAGAGGCCUGGAGCUCCUAUCACCAGUCUGGCUGGUCUUUCUCUGAAGGAAGGUGAAGACCAGAAGGAGAUGAAGAUAGAGCCAGCCCAAGCCUUAGACGAGGUGGAGCCACUGCCUGAAGACUGCUACACCAGACCUAUCAACCUACCAGAGGUGACCACCUUGCGUCAGCGGCUGCUGCAGCCUGACAUCCAGCCUGCCGGAGCCUCUCAGCUCCACCCCAAACACAAACACCUGCUGAUCAAGCGCUCUCUGCGUUGCAGGAAAUGUGAGCACAAUCUGAGCAAGCCAGAAUUCAACCCAACCUCAAUAAAGUUCAAAAUCCAGCUGGUGGCUGUGAGUUACAUCCCCGAAGUCAGAAUCAUGUCCAUUCCAAACCUGCGCUUCCAGAAGGAGUGCCAGGUGCUGCUGACCCUGACCAACCCAGUGGAGAAUAUUACCCACGUCACCCUGGUGGGCUGUGAGGAGGGAGACCCAGAGGACAUCAACAGCACUGCUAAGGUGAUGGUUCCUACCAUGGAGUUGGUCCUGGCAGGGAAGGAUGCUGCAGCAGAAUACGAUGAGUUGGCUGAGCCUCAGGACUUCCAGGACGACCCAGACGUGGUGGCCUUCAGGAAAUCCAAUAAGAUCGGUUUCUUCAUCAAGGUGGUCCCUCAGCGCGAGGAGGACGGUGACGUCACCGUGUCCUUUAAGAUCCGCCACGACUUCCGCAACUUGGCGGCUCCCAUAAGGCCGAGCGAGGAGGGCGACGCCCCCACCGAGGCCGUCUGGCUCACACACCACGUAGAGCUCAGCCUGGGGCCGCUCGUAGCGUGAGGAGGUUACACACACCGAAUACAUACACUGACACACACACACACACACACACAACAUAGAAUACACACAGAAACAGAAAAUACACA